AAUAAAACAAUAUGAAGAGAUUGUUGAGGAAUGCUCAAAUUUUGCAAAAAUAAUCGCGAUAUUAUCACCAUGAUCCAGCCAGCAGGGCUAUAGUAGGAUCUCCAUAAGAGAUUGCUCCUCCAGUACACUUCAAAUUAUAUUAUCUGCCUGACAAUUUGGCCAAGACUGGCUAGGGCAUGAGACAUCCUCAUUUCAAUGCCUAUUAGAUGGAGGGGGUCACCACUUAUGAUAAUUGGGAAUACAAAUAUUAUGGCCAAUGGUGGCAUAUUGGCUCCAUCUUCUGGAAUUCCUUGAUGUUAGUCUACCCCUUGUUGUUGUGGUUGGUUAUUGAGUAGAGUCAACAAGAGGCACUUCUGGCGAAGGAUGACAUGUUUAAGAAAUAUUUCAACGAAGCAGGAGGAUUCUAUCAGUACACCUUCAUAGGCCCAGAAACCACUUUAAAUUAUUGAAGCAUUCAUUGGAAAAUAUAAAAAUAUAUUAAAUAUUACAUAA